GGGCGCGCUUCGCCCUUUCAAAACUUACCACGGAACAAAUUUCCAUGGAAAAACUUCACACUAAAGCUGUCUACAUAAUGUGUACAGCCGUUACUGGAUGGUGUCAUGUUUUAUAGUUAUAUUACAAUCGUAUAGCGAUUUUUAAUCGUCUCAAUGGCAAGUAAGAAGUUGCGGAGGUCCGGAGUCUCAGCUGAUCUGUGCGAGAGACUCAAGCGGCAUCAGCUGGAAACCUGCCAGGAUGUCCUGUCUGUCACCCCGGUGGAGCUCUCGCGUCUGGCUGGACUCAGUUACCCGGCGGCUCUGAAUUUCCAGCGUCUGGUCAGUAAAGCCUGUGUUCCGGCUGUCAGCACUGCCUUGGAUUUAUGGAAGAGGAAGGAAGAGCUGUGUUUCUCCACAUCAAUUCCUGCUCUGGACAGGUUACUGCAUGGAGGACUGCCCCGGGGUGCUCUCACUGAGGUGACGGGUCCGUCAGGCUGUGGAAAGACUCAGUUCUGCAUGAUGCUCAGUGUUUUGGCUACUCUACCCAAAAGCCUGGGCGGUCUGGACAGUGGCGUCGUCUACAUCGACACAGAAUCGGCCUUCUCUGCUGAAAGACUGAUAGAAAUGGCCCAGGCCAGAUUCCCAGAGUUCUUCUCAGUGAAGGAGCGUCUGCUGGAAAUGGCUGCUCGUGUUCAUCUCUUUAGGGAACUCACCUGUCAGGAUGUCCUGAAGAGGCUGGAGCGUCUAGAGGAGGACAUCAUUGCUUGUCGAGCGGGGCUGCUUAUUUUGGAUUCUGUGGCCUCUGUUGUGAGGAAGGAGUUCGACACGUCACUGCCCGGAAAUCUGACACACAGGAGUAACUUCCUCGGCCAGGAAGCAGCUGUACUGAAGUACCUCUCGAAGGAGUUCUGCAUCCCGGUGGUUUUAACUAACCAGAUCACCACACAUGUGGGCGAGAAGCUUCACUGUCCUCAGUGGAAUCAGGCAGAUGUAUCUGUUGAGGAGGAUUCUGGGUUUGUGACAGCGGCGCUGGGGAACACAUGGAGUCACAGUGUUAACACUCGUCUCAUCGUCCAGUAUGAGGACACGGAACGAAGACAGAUUGUUAUAGCAAAGUCACCUGUGGCUCCUUUUGCCGUGCUGAGCUACACCAUUCAGAAGGAAGGCAUCCGUCUUGAGGAGAACAAGAACCCAGGAAGCUUUUCAAACAGAGGAACAGAUCCAGGGCUUCAGCCAAUCAGAGUGAGGACGGGGUUCAUCCUUAACCUUCCUCAGGCCGCUCCUACAUACUGAAAAACCCCUCAGGCUGUUAUUGCCUUACAUUUAAGGCUGGUAAACAAAUGUCAGCUAAACGCUCAAUGCCGUCCAUUAUCUGAAGAUAACCAAGCGCGGUGAUCCAUUCGACCAUCAAGGUUAUUUCGAUGGUCAUCUGAUGACAGAACGUAAUAUUCAGCGCAGAAAAUUAAAUGCUACAGUUGUGUUUCUUCCAAGGACAAGCCGUGGUUAAACAUUGCUGGAGCAUGUGGUGUAUCAGCAGCUUGUCCUUAAUGGCAAGAAAGAGCGAAAGACACGAGACGGACUCUACAGGUUGACGGUCAAGCUUCUGCUCGGUCGAACAUUACCUCUAGUUUUCAUCUAGUUAGAAAACUGCACCAUCAGUCAGCUAUUGAUUGACAGACCUAUUUUCUCUCUCUCUCUCUGGUUGUAUGAUAAGACAGCAGUCCUGGACAAACGCUUCUUGACCCUGCCUGGCUGUUACCAUGGCUUCAAUUCCCAUGACUCCUGUUCCCAUGGUUCCUCAGCCUUAAAGGGAAGUUAGUCUGAUUAAGUGAACAAUGGUGUUAUUUUGGGUGGUUCCUCCUUUUUCUGCUUGUUUUGCUUUUGCUUGUAUAUGUACACAUUGACACUCAUUGUGUGUCAGCUUUCUAUUUACAGAGUAAAUUCUGCUUUUUACACAGUUUUAACACUAAUAAAUCGCAAAUCUCUAACUGUUUUCAUUUUAUUAGCAGGUUUUGCUGACGGCGCGAACGAUGGUGACGUCUUUAACUCUCCUCCUGCAGAUAAAGUCGGUUGUGACUUUACUCAACCUGCAGUGCUGAGUAGGUGUUUUCUCUGUCUAUCUUUCUCUUUCAUCCUCUUUCGCUCUAUCUCCCCUCCCUUCCCCCACAUGCGCAGGCUGAUAGGCUGCGAGUUGACAUGUUUUGACAGAUCGUUUUAAUGCUCGACCUGUGGCGAUAUCGCUGCCUGUCUCUGAGCCGAGGGGAGGAGAAGCCUCCUUCCAAAGAAUGUCCUUGGUUUCCUGCACACCACAGAGCGAGGUGUUAAAAUAAGAGCAGAGGAUCACGAGAUUGGGACACAGUUGUGAAGUACACGGUCAGCUUGAUCCUUUACAUCAUCAGAUAUGUUUUUGUUUAUCCGGUUAUAAGAACAGUUGGUUAUCAUUUGGGUUUUUAAUGCUACCACUGACAAAUUGACACUUGAU